AUGCCGGUGUUCACAAAGACGACCGCGGUGGUGCCUCCCUGUGCGCUCACUUUGGCAGAUGACGGAAACAAAGCCAGCAGCAGCAGAAGCAGAAGCGCAGUGCAGCGUGGACCCGGCACGCAGCACCUGGAGCUAAAGGAGCAGCGUUCGGAACUAUCGGGGCCCCACAGCUCUGCGCCCCUCUACACUCUGGUGCUGGCUGCAGGAGUUGGCUGUUUAGAGGCAGCAGCGGCGGAGUUCUCCACAGUCCCGUCCUCGGCACGUUUGCGCUUUUAUCUCUGGGUCGUGUGCCGCAGGCCUGGCACUGCCCUCUCAGCGGCGGCCAGGAACUCUGAACACGGCUCUGAGAAAGCUGCAGAUUCCCGCAAACUGUGA